AUUUCUGCCCAUGAUUCGCAGUGUCCCUCCACUCUCUUCAUUGUCGACUCGGGAAGAACCACGACGCCGAAGUCAAAAGGUGGUGGAGUGCACUUGUGGAACCUCCGAAAAACAGCAGCAGGAGAAGCAUCCAACAACAUGCGGCAACAGCAAGACACCGGCAUGUGGCAGCAACAGGGCGUCAACGCCACGGGUGUCGUGAGCCGCUACUCGGCGCUGUCCUGGUUCGAGCCCGACGAGCGGGUCCGGGACUGGCCGCUCAUGGGUGCUCCCACCGCCGUGACCAGCAUCCUGACCCUAUACGUGAUGGGCUGCGUCGUAGUGGGACCGCGGCUCAUGAGGGACUGCAAGGCGUUCUCCAUGCGGCCGAUGCUGAUCGCGUACAACAUCGCCAUGGUGGUGCUCAGCGUGUACUUCGCCUACCUGACGGUCACGAUGGCGUACUUAAAGAGCGGCUACAACCUGGUGUGCCAGGCCAACGACUCCAAGACGAACCCGCUGGGCGGCCUCAUCUUCUACUACGGCUGGUGGUACGUGAUGCUCAAGGUGGGCGAGCUCCUGGACACGGUGUUCUUCGUGCUCCGCAAGAAGAACGACCACAUCAGCUUCCUGCACGUACUACACCACACUCUGGCGCUCAUCACCGUGUGGCUGGACGUGAACCUGGGCAUCAUGGGACAGGUGGCCCUGUUCCCGCUGCUCAAUUGCUCGGUGCACGUGGUGAUGUACACCUACUACGCGCUGGCCGCGCUGCCGCCGUCGAUCAGGCCCAACCUGUGGUGGAAGCGCUACGUGACCAUAUUCCAGAUUGCGCAGUUCUUUGUGCUCAUGGUGCACAGCCUGGUGCCGGUCUUCAAGGACUGCGACUUCCCAAGGGGGUUCGCGGUCUUCAUGGCUCUGGAGGCGGCCCUAUUCUUCUACCUCUUCAGCGACUUCUACGUGAAGAGCUACGGAACCGCGAAGGAAGGCGCCUCCGCUGCGAAACUUAAAGGCCACUAAUGGUGCCCUGUGCUCUUGUCUUUAACAUUGUUUCCGUGCGUAUACGAGGACACUCGACGCGGCAGAGGUGUUGUGCGUGAAAAAAACUACGAACCGUCAGUUGCUACGAACCGUCAGUUUGUGAUGAAGAGUGUUCGCACCAGCUCGUGUACAUGUGCCGGCGCGCCCGGUGGACGCAUUUUGAAUUGGCUGAAGAUUGCACGCUUGCCGCUAUGGGUGUAAUAUUGUUACGGGGUGUGUAGAGGGCGUUUAUUGCAGGGAGCCGUAGGGCAAGUGGGUCGUCCUGCUCUUCCUCGCUGCUCUCCCAAUGUUGUUGUAGCGGCUGAUGUUGCCGCUCCACUACCGUUGACGCACUGUAACAAUAUUAUAGAAUAUUUGACAAUUUUGGCGGAGUAACGUACGUAGCUGCUCUCUGGGUUUAUGAUGUUGAUAUUACUUAUGAAGAGUGAAAUUUCGACUUCGUUCAUAUGCCGGUAAUAUAUACAUAUAUGUGUUGCAAACGCAAGAGUGUAAGUCUACUCCUUCUCCUUAAGGUCAGCGCCCCGUGUUCACAAAACGUUCAUAUUUCACACAAUCUUACGUAAAAACGGGUGCCUACCAAUGACACGCCUCCUUACGAACAAACCUUGCGGAUUCAGCUACGCGUAUUUAAAAAUUAACCAUUUCGACUAGUGAUACCCAAGUCAGUUCUUUCGCAUAUUGACAGCUUUCUUUUCUGUACUAUUUCUUUUUUUUUUCGGUCUCCACAAAAUAGUGACUGGCGAACAACUUAUAUUUAACAUCUGUUUGUUUUACUUCCUUCAGAAAACAGCGUUAAUUAUCAUCACGCGAAAUUCUUGUGGAGAGCAGGACAGGAAUGUGUCAGCCGCAUCACAUGACCGCAGUGAUCACGCGGUCAUGUGAUUGCUUGGUAAACGGUGCUUAGUGCACUCUGACAAUUCGGAUAUAUUUGCUCAUUUUCACGCAGAAACUGUAUUAUUUUUUUUUAGCCUCAUGAUUCAGAAGCUGUUUGUAUUUCUUUUUCCCUCGCGCAAAUGAAGUCCGUGCUGUUUAUUGAAAAACAAACAGACAAACAUGCGCAUAUGCUGAGCUCAUUUUACUCUGCUUAAAUGGGGAACCUUAAACUCCACUGAAAGCGUCCCAAUACAUCAGCGUCCUUGUGAGGUACGUUCAAAAUCGGUUGUUCCACCUAUGUAAAUACAUACAAUCUGAAUACCAUUGUGUCUUUGGAUAAAGCGUUUGUUGACUAUGU